AGCAUCUUCGGACUCGAGCAGAUAUCACAACAUUUUUUAUUGUUUUAAACGAGCUGAGUCUCGACUAAAGUGCCAUCAUGAGCACAGAUGCUGAAAUGGAGCAGUAUGGCCCUGCGGCCAUAUUUCUUCGCAAGCCAGAGAGAGAGAGGAUUGAGGCUCAGAACACUCCUUUUGAUGCCAAAACAGCCUUUUUUGUGGUUGAUGAAGCUGAGAUGUAUCUGAAGGGUAAACUGGUAAAGAAAGAGGGUGGCAAAGCCACAGUUGAUACAGAUACGGGAAAGAGUGUCACUGUGAAAGAGGAUGACAUCCAUCCCAGGAACCCUCCAAAGUUUGAUAAAAUUGAGGACAUGGCCAUGAUGACCCACCUCAACGAGCCCUGCGUGUUGUAUAACCUCAAAGAGCGUUAUGCAUCAUGGAUGAUCUACACCUACUCUGGGUUGUUCUGUGUGGUCGUAAACCCCUACAAGUGGCUUCCUGUGUAUGACGCUGUCGUUGUAGCAGGAUACAGAGGGAAGAAGAGGAUUGAGGCUCCACCCCACAUCUUCUCCAUCUCUGACAAUGCCUAUCAGUUCAUGCUCACUGAUCGUGAGAAUCAGUCUAUUCUGAUCACUGGAGAAUCUGGUGCAGGAAAGACUGUCAACACCAAGCGUGUCAUCCAGUACUUUGCAACAAUUGCAGCUCUUGGUGGCAAAAAGGAGCAAGUUCCUGGCAAAAUGCAGGGCUCCCUUGAGGACCAGAUUGUAGCUGCCAACCCUCUGCUGGAGGCUUAUGGUAAUGCCAAGACUGUGAGGAAUGACAACUCUUCCCGUUUUGGUAAAUUCAUCAGGAUCCACUUUGGCACAAGUGGCAAGCUGGCUUCAGCUGAUAUUGAGACGUAUCUGCUGGAGAAGUCCCGUGUCACCUUCCAGUUGUCUGCUGAGAGGAGCUACCAUAUCUUCUAUCAGCUGAUGACAGGCCACAAGCCUGAGCUCAUUGAGGCUCUUCUGAUCACCACCAACCCCUAUGACUACCCAAUGGUCAGUAUGGGUGAGAUCACUGUCAAGAGCAUCAAUGACAUUGAGGAGUUCAUUGCAACAGAUACUGCCAUUGACAUCCUGGGAUUCACUGCUGAUGAGAAAUUUAACAUCUACAAGCUGACUGGUGCUGUGAUGCAUCAUGGUAGCAUGAAAUUCAAGCAGAAGCAGCGCGAGGAGCAGGCUGAACCUGACGGCACUGAGGUGGCUGAUAAAAUCGCCUACCUCUUGGGCCUGAACUCUGCUGACAUGCUGAAAGCUCUGUGCUACCCAAGGGUCAAGGUCGGAAAUGAGAUGGUCACCAAAGGUCAGACCGUCCCACAGGUCAACAAUUCUGUCAUGGCUCUGUGCAAGUCUGUCUAUGAGAAAAUGUUCUUGUGGAUGGUCAUCCGUAUCAAUGAGAUGUUGGACACAAAGCAGUCAAGAUCAUUCUUCAUUGGAGUGUUGGAUAUUGCUGGAUUUGAGAUCUUUGAUUUUAACAGCUUGGAGCAGCUCUGCAUCAACUUCACUAAUGAAAAACUGCAACAGUUCUUCAACCACACCAUGUUUGUCCUGGAGCAAGAAGAGUACAAGAAAGAAGGCAUUGAAUGGGAGUUUAUUGACUUUGGUAUGGACUUGGCUGCCUGCAUUGAGCUUAUUGAGAAGCCAAUGGGUAUCUUCUCCAUCCUUGAAGAGGAGUGCAUGUUCCCCAAGGCUACAGACAUGUCUUUCAAGAACAAGCUGCAUGAUCAGCAUCUGGGCAAAACCAAGGCCUUUGAGAAGCCAAAGCCUGCAAAGGGCAAAGCCGAAGCUCAUUUCUCCCUGGUUCACUAUGCCGGCACAGUGGACUACAAUAUCACUGGCUGGCUGGACAAGAACAAGGACCCACUGAACGACUCAGUUGUUCAGCUCUACCAGAAGUCCUCAAACAAACUGCUUUGCUUACUGUAUGCAACUCAUGGUGCAGCUGAGGAGGGCGGUGGCAAGAAAGGCGGUAAGAAGAAGGGUGGUUCCUUUCAGACGGUGUCUGCUCUUUUCAGGGAGAACUUGGGCAAGCUGAUGACCAACUUGAGGAGCACUCAUCCUCACUUUGUGCGUUGCCUGAUUCCCAAUGAAACAAAGACCCCAGGUCUCAUGGAGAACUUCUUGGUCAUCCAUCAGCUGAGGUGUAACGGUGUGCUGGAGGGCAUCAGAAUCUGCAGAAAGGGCUUCCCCAGCAGAAUCCUCUACGGUGACUUCAAGCAGAGAUACAAAGUAUUGAAUGCCAGUGUCAUCCCUGAGGGACAGUUUAUUGACAACAAGAAAGCUUCAGAGAAGCUGUUGGGCUCCAUUGAUGUUGACCACACUCAGUACAAGUUUGGACACACAAAGGUGUUCUUCAAAGCUGGUCUGCUGGGUACCCUUGAGGAGAUGAGAGAUGAGAAACUGGCUUCCCUGGUAACCAUGACUCAGGCUCUCUGCAGAGGAUAUGUCAUGAGGAAGGAGUUUGUGAAGAUGAUGGAGAGGAGAGAGUCUAUCUACUCCAUUCAGUACAAUGUCCGCUCAUUCAUGAAUGUGAAGAACUGGCCAUGGAUGAACCUAUACUUCAAGAUCAAGCCUCUUCUGAAGAGUGCUGAGACUGAGAAGGAGCUGCAGCAGAUGAAGGAAAACUAUGACAAGAUGAAAACUGACUUGGCUACUGCUCUGGCCAAGAAGAAGGAACUGGAGGAGAAAAUGGUUUCCCUGCUGCAGGAGAAGAAUGACCUGCAACUCCAAGUGGCUGCUGAAACUGACAAUCUCUCAGAUGCUGAGGAAAGGUGUGAGGGACUCAUUAAGAGCAAGAUCCAGCUCGAGGCCAAACUCAAAGAGACAUCUGAGAGACUGGAGGAUGAAGAGGAAAUCAAUGCUGAGCUGACUGCCAAGAAGAGGAAGCUGGAGGAUGAAUGCUCUGAGCUGAAGAAGGACAUCGAUGACCUGGAGCUCACCUUGGCUAAAGUGGAGAAGGAGAAACAUGCCACUGAAAACAAGGUGAAAAACUUGACAGAGGAGAUGGCAUCUCAAGAUGAGUCCAUUGCCAAGUUAACCAAGGAGAAGAAAGCCCUCCAAGAGAGCCAUCAGCAAACACUGGAUGAUCUCCAGGCAGAGGAAGACAAAGUCAACACUCUGACUAAGGCCAAGACUAAGCUGGAACAGCAAGUGGACGAUCUUGAAGGCUCAUUGGAGCAAGAGAAAAAGCUCCGUAUGGACCUUGAGAGAGCCAAGAGGAAGCUUGAAGGAGAUCUGAAACUGGCCCAGGAAUCCAUCAUGGAUCUGGAGAAUGACAAGCAGCAAUCUGACGAGAAAAUCAAAAAGAAGGACUUUGAAACCAGUCAGCUCCUCAGCAAGAUUGAGGAUGAACAGUCUCUUGGUGCUCAGCUUCAGAAGAAGAUCAAGGAGCUCCAGGCUCGUAUUGAGGAACUGGAAGAGGAGAUUGAGGCUGAGAGGGCCGCUCGGGCUAAGGUAGAGAAGCAGAGAGCUGAUCUCUCCAGGGAGCUUGAGGAGAUCAGUGAGAGGCUUGAGGAGGCUGGUGGAGCAACAGCCGCUCAGAUUGAAAUGAACAAGAAGCGUGAGGCCGAGUUCCAGAAGCUGCGCCGAGACCUUGAAGAAUCCACCCUGCAGCAUGAAGCCACUGCAGCAGCUCUCCGCAAGAAGCAGGCCGACAGCGUUGCAGAGCUGGGAGAGCAGAUCGACAACCUCCAGCGUGUCAAACAGAAGCUGGAGAAGGAGAAGAGCGAGUACAAGAUGGAGAUUGAUGAUCUCUCCAGCAACAUGGAGGGUGUGGCCAAAGCUAAAGGCAACCUGGAGAAAAUGUGCAGAACUCUUGAAGACCAGCUGAGUGAGCUCAAAGCCAAAAAUGAUGAGAAUGUUCGCCAGCUAAAUGACAUUAAUGCACAGAGAGCAAGACUCCAGACAGAGAACGGUGAGUUUUCACGCCAGCUUGAAGAGAAAGAAGCCCUGGUUUCUCAGCUGACUAGGGGCAAACAGGCUUUCACUCAGCAGAUUGAGGAGCUCAAGAGACACAUUGAGGAGGAAGUGAAGGCCAAGAACGCCCUGGCCCAUGGUGUUCAGUCAGCCCGCCAUGACUGUGAUCUGCUCAGAGAGCAGUUUGAGGAGGAGCAGGAGGCCAAGGCUGAGCUGCAGAGAGGAAUGUCCAAGGCCAACAGUGAGGUGGCUCAAUGGAGAAGCAAAUAUGAGACUGAUGCUAUUCAGCGGACUGAGGAGCUGGAGGACUCCAAGAAAAAGCUUGCCCAGCGCCUGCAGGAGGCUGAGGAAUCCAUUGAGGCUGUGAACUCCAAGUGUGCCUCUUUGGAAAAGACCAAGCAGAGGCUGCAGGGUGAGGUGGAGGACCUCAUGAUUGAUGUGGAGAGAGCUAACUCUCUGGCUGCCAACCUUGACAAGAAGCAGAGGAACUUUGAUAAGGUCCUGGCAGAAUGGAAACAGAAGUAUGAAGAGGGUCAGGCAGAGCUGGAAGGAGCCCAAAAGGAGGCUCGCUCUCUCAGCACUGAGCUGUUCAAGAUGAAGAACUCCUAUGAGGAGGCUCUGGAUCACCUGGAGACCAUGAAGAGAGAGAACAAGAACCUGCAGCAGGAGAUCUCAGAUCUGACUGAACAAAUUGGUGAGACUGGAAAGAGCAUCCACGAGCUGGAAAAAGCCAAAAAGACUGUGGAGACUGAGAAGUCUGAAAUUCAGACAGCUUUGGAGGAAGCUGAGGGCACUCUUGAGCACGAGGAGGCCAAGAUUCUUCGUGUUCAGCUUGAGCUCAACCAGGUCAAAAGUGAGAUUGACAGGAAGCUGGCUGAGAAGGAUGAAGAGAUGGAGCAGAUCAAGAGAAACAGUCAGAGGGUGAUUGACUCCAUGCAGAGCACUCUAGAUUCUGAGGUCAGGAGCAGGAAUGAUGCCCUGAGAGUCAAGAAGAAGAUGGAGGGAGACCUGAAUGAGAUGGAGAUUCAGCUGAGCCAUGCCAACAGGCAGGCUGCUGAGGCCCAGAAACAACUGAGGAAUGUCCAGGGACAGCUCAAGGAUGCCCAACUGCACCUUGAUGAUGCUGUCAGAGGACAGGAAGACAUGAAGGAGCAGGUUGCCAUGGUGGAGCGCAGGAAUAGUCUGAUGGUGGCUGAGAUUGAGGAGCUGAGAGCUGCUCUGGAACAGACAGAGAGAGCACGCAAAGUGGCUGAACAGGAGCUGGUUGAUGCUAGUGAGCGUGUUGGACUGCUUCACUCUCAGAACACCAGCCUUAUUAACACCAAGAAGAAGAUGGAGGCUGACCUUGUCCAGGUUCAGAGUGAGGUGGAUGAUGCUGUUCAGGAAGCAAGAAAUGCUGAGGAGAAAGCCAAAAAGGCCAUCACUGAUGCUGCCAUGAUGGCUGAGGAGCUAAAGAAGGAGCAGGACACCAGCGCUCACCUGGAGAGGAUGAAGAAGAACCUGGAGGUCACAGUCAAGGACCUGCAGCACCGUCUGGAUGAGGCUGAGAAUCUCGCCAUGAAGGGUGGCAAGAAGCAGCUCCAGAAACUGGAGUCCAGGGUGCGUGAGCUGGAGUCUGAAGUUGACAGUGAGCAGAGACGUGGAGCUGAUGCUAUUAAAGGAGUUCGCAAAUAUGAGAGGAGAGUCAAGGAGCUGACCUACCAGACUGAGGAGGACAAGAAGAAUGUGAACAGACUUCAGGAUCUGGUGGACAAGCUGCAACUCAAAGUCAAGGCUUACAAGAGACAAGCUGAGGAGGCGGAGGAGCAGGCCAACACCCACAUGUCCAGGCUCAGGAAGGUUCAGCAUGAGCUGGAAGAAGCUCAGGAGCGUGCUGACAUUGCUGAGUCUCAGGUCAACAAGCUCAGAGCCAAGAGCAGAGACACUGGAAAGUCUGAAAGCGGUGAUCAAAGCUCCAAUAAAAGUGCCAUCAUGAGCACAGACGCGGAGAUGGAGCAGUAUGGCCCGGCGGCCGUUUUCCUCCGGAAGCCUGAAAGGGAGAGGAUUGAGGCCCAGACUGCUCCUUUUGAUGCCAAAACAGCUUUCUUUGUGGCUGAUGAAGCUGAGAUGUAUCUGAAGGGUAAACUGGUAAAGAAAGAGGGUGGCAAAGCCACAGUUGAUACAGAUACGGGAAAGAGUAUCACUGUGAAAGAGGAUGACAUACAUCCCAGGAACCCUCCAAAGUUUGAUAAAAUGGAGGACAUGGCCAUGAUGACCCACCUCAAUGAGCCAUCUGUGUUGUAUAACCUCAAAGAGCGUUAUGCAUCAUGGAUGAUCUAUACCUACUCUGGGUUGUUCUGUGUGGUCGUGAACCCCUACAAGUGGCUUCCUGUGUAUGACGCUACAUGUGUAGCAGCAUAUAGAGGCAAGAAGAGGAUUGAGGCUCCACCCCACAUCUUCUCCAUCUCUGACAAUGCUUAUCAGUUCAUGCUCACUGAUCGUGAGAACCAGUCUGUCCUGAUUACCGGAGAAUCUGGUGCAGGAAAGACUGUCAACACCAAACGUGUCAUCCAGUACUUUGCAACAAUUGCAGCUCUUGGUGGCAAAAAGGAGCAAACUGCCGGCAAAAUACAGGGCUCCCUGGAGGACCAGAUUGUAGCUGCCAACCCUCUGCUGGAGGCUUAUGGUAAUGCCAAGACUGUGAGGAAUGACAACUCUUCCCGUUUUGGUAAAUUCAUCAGGAUCCACUUUGGCACAAGUGGCAAGCUGGCUUCAGCUGAUAUUGAGACGUAUCUGCUGGAGAAGUCCCGUGUCACCUUCCAGUUGUCUGCUGAGAGGAGCUACCAUAUCUUCUAUCAGCUGAUGACAGGCCACAAGCCUGAGCUCCUUGAGGCUCUUCUGAUCACCACCAACCCCUAUGACUUCCCAAUGAUCAGUAUGGGUGAGAUCACUGUCAAGAGCAUCAAUGACAUUGAGGAGUUCAUUGCAACAGAUACUGCCAUUGACAUCCUGGGAUUCACUGCUGAUGAGAAAUUGAACAUCUUCAAACUGACUGGUGCUGUGCUGCAUCAUGGUAGCAUGAAAUUCAAGCAGAAGCAGCGUGAGGAGCAGGCUGAACCUGAUGGCACUGAGGAGGCUGAUAAAAUCGCCUACCUCCUGGGCUUGAACUCAGCUGACAUGCUGAAAGCUCUGUGCUACCCAAGGGUCAAGGUCGGAAAUGAGAUGGUCACCAAAGGUCAGACUGUCCCACAGGUCAACAAUUCUGUCAUGGCUCUGUGCAAGUCUGUCUAUGAGAAAAUGUUCUUGUGGAUGGUCAUCCGUAUCAAUGAGAUGUUGGACACAAAGCAGUCAAGAUCAUUCUUCAUUGGAGUGUUGGAUAUUGCUGGAUUUGAGAUCUUUGAUUUUAACAGCUUGGAGCAGCUCUGCAUCAACUUCACUAAUGAAAAACUGCAACAGUUCUUCAACCACACCAUGUUUGUCCUGGAGCAAGAAGAGUACAAGAAAGAAGGCAUUGAUUGGGAGUUUAUUGACUUUGGUAUGGACUUGGCGGCCUGCAUUGAGCUUAUUGAGAAGCCAAUGGGUAUCUUCUCCAUCCUUGAAGAGGAGUGCAUGUUCCCCAAGGCUACAGACACGUCUUUCAAGAACAAGCUGCAUGAUCAGCAUCUGGGCAAAACCAAGGCCUUUGAGAAGCCAAAGCCUGCAAAGGGCAAAGCCGAAGCUCAUUUCUCCCUGGUUCACUAUGCCGGCACAGUGGACUACAAUAUCACUGGCUGGCUGGACAAGAACAAGGACCCACUGAACGACUCAGUUGUUCAGCUCUACCAGAAGUCCUCAAACAAACUGCUUUGCUUACUGUAUGCAACUCAUGGUGCAGCUGAGGCUGAGGGCGGCGGCAAGAAAGGCGGUAAGAAGAAGGGUGGUUCCUUUCAGACGGUGUCUGCUCUUUUCAGGGAGAACUUGGGGAAGCUGAUGACCAACUUGAGGAGCACUCAUCCUCACUUUGUGCGUUGCCUGAUUCCCAAUGAAACAAAGACCCCAGGUCUCAUGGAGAACUUCUUGGUCAUCCAUCAGCUGAGGUGUAACGGUGUGCUGGAGGGCAUCAGAAUCUGCAGAAAGGGCUUCCCCAGCAGAAUCCUCUACGGUGACUUCAAGCAGAGAUACAAAGUAUUGAAUGCCAGUGUCAUCCCUGAGGGACAGUUUAUUGACAACAAGAAAGCUUCAGAGAAGCUGUUGGGCUCCAUUGAUGUUGACCACACUCAGUACAAGUUUGGACACACAAAGGUGUUCUUCAAAGCUGGUCUGCUGGGUACCCUUGAGGAGAUGAGAGAUGAGAAACUGGCUUCCCUGGUAACCAUGACUCAGGCUCUCUGCAGAGGAUAUGUCAUGAGGAAGGAGUUUGUGAAGAUGAUGGAGAGGAGAGAGUCGAUCUACUCCAUUCAGUACAACAUCCGCUCAUUCAUGAAUGUGAAGAACUGGCCAUGGAUGAACCUAUACUUCAAGAUCAAGCCUCUUCUGAAGAGUGCUGAGACUGAGAAGGAGCUGCAGCAGAUGAAGGAAAACUAUGACAAGAUGAAAACUGAUCUGGCUACUGCUCUGGCCAAGAAGAAGGAACUGGAGGAGAAAAUGGUUUCCCUGCUGCAGGAGAAGAAUGACCUGCAACUCCAAGUGGCUGCUGAAACUGACAAUCUCUCAGAUGCUGAGGAAAGGUGUGAGGGACUCAUUAAGAGCAAGAUCCAGCUCGAGGCCAAACUCAAAGAGACAUCUGAGAGACUGGAGGAUGAAGAGGAAAUCAAUGCUGAGCUGACUGCCAAGAAGAGGAAGCUGGAGGAUGAAUGCUCUGAGCUGAAGAAGGACAUCGAUGACCUGGAGCUCACCUUGGCUAAAGUGGAGAAGGAAAAACAUGCCACUGAAAACAAGGUGAAAAACUUGACAGAGGAGAUGGCAUCUCAAGAUGAGUCCAUUGCCAAGUUGACCAAGGAGAAGAAAGCCCUCCAAGAGAGCCAUCAGCAAACACUGGAUGAUCUCCAGGCAGAGGAAGACAAAGUCAACACUCUGACUAAGGCCAAGACCAAGCUGGAACAGCAAGUGGACGAUCUUGAAGGCUCAUUGGAGCAAGAGAAAAAGCUCCGUAUGGACCUUGAGAGAGCCAAGAGGAAGCUUGAAGGAGAUCUGAAACUGGCCCAGGAAUCCAUCAUGGAUCUGGAAAAUGACAAGCAGCAAUCUGACGAGAAAAUCAAGAAGAAGGACUUUGAAAUCAGUCAGCUCCUCAGCAAGAUUGAGGAUGAACAAUCUCUUGGUGCUCAGCUUCAGAAGAAGAUCAAGGAGCUCCAGGCUCGUAUUGAGGAGCUGGAAGAGGAGAUUGAGGCUGAGAGGGCCGCUCGGGCUAAGGUAGAGAAGCAGAGAGCUGAUCUCUCCAGGGAGCUUGAGGAGAUCAGUGAGAGGCUUGAGGAGGCUGGUGGAGCAACAGCCGCUCAGAUUGAAAUGAACAAGAAGCGUGAGGCCGAGUUCCAGAAGCUGCGCCGAGACCUUGAAGAAUCCACCCUGCAGCAUGAAGCCACUGCAGCAGCUCUCCGCAAGAAGCAGGCCGACAGCGUUGCAGAGCUGGGAGAGCAGAUCGACAACCUCCAGCGUGUCAAACAGAAGCUGGAGAAGGAGAAGAGCGAGUACAAGAUGGAGAUUGAUGAUCUCUCCAGCAACAUGGAGGGUGUUGCCAAAGCUAAAGGCAACUUGGAGAAAAUGUGCAGGACUCUUGAGGACCAGCUGAGUGAGCUCAAAACCAAAAAUGAUGAGAAUGUUCGCCAGCUAAAUGACAUUAAUGCACAGAGAGCAAGACUCCAGACAGAGAACGGUGAGUUUUCACGCCAGCUUGAAGAGAAAGAAGCCUUGGUUUCUCAGCUGACUAGGGGCAAACAGGCUUUCACUCAGCAGAUUGAGGAACUCAAGAGACACAUUGAGGAGGAAGUGAAGGCCAAGAACGCCCUGGCCCAUGGUGUUCAGUCAGCCCGCCAUGACUGUGAUCUGCUCAGAGAGCAGUUUGAGGAGGAGCAGGAGGCCAAGGCUGAGCUGCAGAGAGGAAUGUCCAAGGCCAACAGUGAGGUGGCUCAAUGGAGAAGCAAAUAUGAGACUGAUGCUAUUCAGCGGACUGAGGAGCUGGAGGAAUCCAAGAAAAAGCUUGCCCAGCGCCUGCAGGAGGCUGAGGAAUCCAUUGAGGCUGUGAACUCCAAGUGUGCCUCUUUGGAGAAGACCAAGCAGAGGCUGCAGGGUGAGGUGGAGGACCUCAUGAUUGAUGUGGAGAGAGCUAACGCUCUGGCUGCCAACCUUGACAAGAAGCAGAGGAACUUUGAUAAGGUCCUGGCAGAAUGGAAACAGAAGUAUGAAGAGGGUCAGGCAGAGCUGGAAGGAGCCCAAAAGGAGGCUCGCUCUCUCAGCACUGAGCUGUUCAAGAUGAAGAACUCCUAUGAGGAGGCUUUGGAUCACCUGGAGACCAUGAAGAGAGAGAACAAGAACCUGCAGCAGGAGAUCUCGGAUCUGACUGAACAAAUUGGUGAGACUGGAAAGAGCAUCCAUGAGCUGGAAAAAGCCAAAAAGACUGUGGAGACUGAGAAGUCUGAAAUUCAGACAGCUUUGGAAGAAGCUGAGGGCACUCUGGAGCACGAGGAGGCCAAGAUUCUUCGUGUUCAGCUUGAGCUCAACCAGGUCAAAAGUGAGAUUGACAGGAAGCUGGCUGAGAAGGAUGAAGAGAUGGAGCAGUUCAAGAGAAACAGCCAGAGGGUGAUUGACUCCAUGCAGAGCACUCUUGAUGCUGAGGUCAGGAGCAGGAAUGAUGCCCUGAGAGUCAAGAAGAAGAUGGAAGGAGACCUGAAUGAGAUGGAGAUUCAGCUGAGCCAUGCCAACAGGCAGGCUGCUGAGGCCCAGAAACAACUGAGGAAUGUCCAGGGACAGCUCAAGGAUGCCCAACUGCACCUUGAUGAUGCUGUCAGAGGACAGGAAGACAUGAAGGAGCAGGUUGCCAUGGUGGAGCGCAGGAAUAGUCUGAUGGUGGCUGAGAUUGAGGAGCUGAGAGCUGCUCUGGAACAGACAGAGAGAGCACGCAAAGUGGCUGAACAGGAGCUGGUUGACGCUAGUGAGCGUGUUGGACUGCUUCACUCUCAGAACACCAGCCUUAUUAACACCAAGAAGAAGAUGGAGGCUGACCUUGUCCAGGUUCAGAGUGAGGUGGAUGAUGCUGUUCAGGAAGCAAGAAAUGCUGAGGAGAAAGCCAAAAAGGCCAUCACUGAUGCUGCCAUGAUGGCUGAGGAGCUGAAGAAGGAGCAGGACACCAGCGCUCACCUGGAGAGGAUGAAGAAGAACCUGGAGGUCACAGUCAAGGACCUGCAGCACCGUCUGGAUGAGGCUGAGAAUCUUGCCAUGAAGGGUGGCAAGAAGCAGCUCCAGAAACUGGAGUCCAGGGUGCGUGAGCUGGAGUCUGAAGUUGAAAAUGAGCAGAGACGUGGAGCUGAUGCUGUUAAAGGAGUUCGCAAAUAUGAGAGGAGAGUCAAGGAGCUGACCUACCAGACUGAGGAGGACAAGAAGAAUGUAAACAGACUUCAGGAUCUGGUGGACAAGCUGCAGCUCAAAGUCAAGGCUUACAAGAGACAAGCUGAGGAGGCUGAGGAGCAGGCCAACACCCACAUGUCCAGGCUCAGGAAGGUUCAGCAUGAGCUGGAAGAAGCUCAGGAGCGUGCUGACAUUGCUGAGUCUCAGGUCAACAAGCUCAGAGCCAAAAGCAGAGACACUGGAAAGUCUGAAAGCGCUGAAUAAGAGACAACAGUUAAUUGAAACCUUCUGACAGAGUUCAUAAAAUAUGAACUAAAUUCUCUUCUUUCAAUUCAAUAAACUGUUGAACCAUUGUUUAA